UGGAUUGAUUGAGACGCUGACAGGACUAUACUGAGGGGAACCAGGAAUCGAUCAUACGUUGGCACGUUGACUGGGCCGUUUCCCAUGCACGUUAGACGCAUGUCUAGGCCCUGGUAGAACCGGAGCUUGCAUAGUGUCAGAUGGCGUGGGAACCGCACGACGGAGAGCCCGGAAUCGGGAGGAAGGAAAGUCGCCGUCUUCAAUGGAUCCUACUGAGUAUAUGGAGGGUGUGGAUUAGCCCAUGGGUAGUGACAGACCCCACUGGCGUCCUCGGUGAUAAAGGCAUGGAGACGUGUAGGCAUGGAGACAUGGAGACAUUGAGCCCUUUGAAUAGCGAGAGAUAUUUGUUGAUGCCGUCACGGUCAGUGCGGACAGCCGCUAUGACGCACGCCAACCGGGGAGUCCGCGUGGUUCAAACAUCUCAUUCCGAUUGUGUCUUCUUGUUGGACAGUGCGACUGAAAAAGAGACAUACAACAGGAACCUUGGAGGAUAUUUUGGAGGAAUCACCUGAAUUCCUUCCAUGUAUACUGGGCAGUGUGUUUGAUGUGCUGCGUGCUGUGUGCUGUGUGUGGUACAGUACUUCCAAGCUCAAGUUCCAAGCAAGUGUUGGACCUCAGUG